ACAGCUUUGCCCACAGCACCAGAGGCCCCAAGUGUCCUUCACACCCGCGAGCUUAUCACGAUGCAGCUUCUGCGGCUCGGCCUCUUCUUAUCCGUUCAGAUCUUAGGGAUCUCCAGGGUCCAGGCUAUCUUCCAGAGCCCAGAAACCCUCCUGGUUCAGACUGACAAAGAGGCAAAGCUCUUCUGUGAGAUCAAAUCAUCCACGACCAAGUCUCCAAUCUUCUGGUUUCGUCAGAUCAAACCUCCCAACACUGACAAUCACUAUGAGUUUCUGGUCCGUUCAGAGCCAGUUCCUUCCACCCAGAUGAAAGGCGUCGAUUCGGAACGUUUCUUUGUGUCUUAUGAAACAUACAGAUCCACGCUCAAGCUUCUGCAUGUGAAGCCUUCAGACAGUGGCAUCUACAUCUGUGCCACUGUCACAGGCCCUAAACUGACCUUUGGAAAAGGAACCCAGGUGAAAGUGGUUGAUGUCUUCCCUACAACCCCUACACCUACCAAAAAGACCACCCCCAAGAGGAGAGUGUGUAAUACGAAACCCUCAGAUGUCAUUCAACAAAAUGGUCCUCUCUGCAGCGUCCUCCUCCUAAGCUUACUGGUUGGUUUUGCCGUGGUUUUGCUGAUUGCCCUAAUUUUGAUCAUCCGAUUGAACUACUUAUGGAACCUGGCUCGUCAUCGCUUUGUGAAAGACCUUCAAAGAUGAGUACUGCCUCCCCACCCCCCCCAAAAAAGUUCUCCAAGUAGUCUGCUGAAGAAAUGCAGUGGAUUUUAUAUAAGCAGAAUUGGAGAAACUGAGGCAUCCGAAUAGCAACAAACCUUUGAAAUUCUCCUAAGCCAUUGGGGCUGCCCACUUUGCACCACUGCCUGCCCCUCUUGUGAGCUGGGUUGGUAGGAUGAAUGGAUAUCUUUGGUGGCCAUCAGUAGCAUAGCAUUCUCUAAAACCUCAACCACUUUCUGCAAUUUGUUGAGUGUCUCCGGAUUAUGUAAAAAAGUACAACAUAUGACAAAAAUACCAUUUCCUGUUACUUGUGGGAAAAGAUUCAGAUACACUCUGGCCCAGAGCCUUUGCAAAUCAUUGGUCAGUCGCUAUGUUUGUAAUUUCUCAUCAGUGGGCCUGCUACCAUGAUUCUGAAGUGUCUCCCCACUGACUCUCUAACAAAAAUAAGUUCACUUAAGUGGAAGAUAAAGCAGAGAAUCUUCAGCAGGAGUGAAGGCUGCAGAAUGUCUGAUUUGUACAAAGAAAUGUGACCGUACCUCCCAGCAUUGGCUUCUUAGUGCGAGCAUCUGCAUGAUACAGCUGACUGAUCUCUGGUGUCAACGAGGGUUACUUUGAAUGAUGCAAAGUGGUAUAGCCUUCCCGUCUGCUGUUCUAAGGCUUCUCUUUGUUUUCUUCCCUUUUUUCUUCUCUCAAUGAAAGUGUCCUUGGUUUUUUGUGUUUUGUGUUGUGUUUUUAAAUAAAGUU